AGGGGGAUGAACUGUAGGAGGAAUUGUCAUUUGUCAGCUGUUGUGAAGGUACAAUAAGCAGGCUGUCUCUCUGAAUCCUGCAAGAAUAUCGUGCUCAGGUUGGAUCGCUGAGUGAGCAAUGGCAUCGCAAAGGGCUGCUCCAAGGAUGGCUGAGACAACGGCGGCAGGCAACUCUUCGGGAAGCUCUGAGGUGAUGUCAGAAGCGGAGGGGGAAGACAGCGAGGACAAGAGUGUAGACAUUGAAAGGCCGUCCUCAGUGCUGUGGGAGAGGGUCAUCCGCCAGACCAUACUCAUUGACCUCAGCGACAAUGAGAGCCUCCACUUCAACGACCUGCAGGGCACCUUCAACAUUUGCCUGUCACAGGAUUCCGCGCCAGAAGCAAGCUUUCAUUUAAGUGAAAAUAUGGACGAGUCCGAUUCACGUGAAGACACCCAAGAUAAGGUCACUUUUUCUGAGAGCAGUCUCCUCGACAACAGCUGCUGCAGCCAGGCAGGCGGGGCCCAGGAAGGCUUGGUCCAAGGGGGUGGGGCUCAGAGCAGUGAGAUGAGGGUGUCUGUGCAGAGGCCCAACACAAUGGAGGCGUCACUAGCGUACGAGUAUGAGGAAGCAGGAGACACCAGCGAGGAAGAGCAGGAGGACCUCCCAUAUGACGGCGAUCUCAGCCUGGAUCUCGGCAACACCACUGGUGAACAAGACCUCGGCACUAUGGACCAGAGUGAAAGAGAGGCUAAACUGGAGGACGAGCUUCCUGCACAGUCUCCAACAGUAGAUUCUGGUUCAAUUAACCAGGCCAUCGUGGACAAUACCUCUCCUUCACUGGUUCUGGAAGAGGCAGGCAAGAUGUAUGGCCCAUCUGCUAGAGGGAUCCACACUACUGACUGCAGGAUGUGGGUCGCAGAGGGAGGCGAGGGUCUUCCAGAGGUUCACGGCUACACCAGGCCCACAGAGGCUGUUGGGCGGAGCCAACCUAAUGAUGCUGCGGCUCAUUCAAACAUCAAAGAGCUCCUGCUUCAGCAUUUCUCUCGGGAUGAGCUGCUCAACUCCAGCUUGUACAUUGAGGCCGAGACUAUGCCCGAGGUGUCCUUUGCCGACAGCGUGGAUGAGACCACACUGAGCAAGGCCCUUCUCUCGCUGAAAUUAGGCAGGGACACCAGCAUCACCCCAGGAGACAACAGUGGGCAGAGCCAAGAGGGCAAGAUGACAGCCUCUGAGGAGGAGGGCAAGCAGAAAGCCAAAGAGUCUCAGGAAAAUGAGGACACCCCUUCUACAGGAAGUGACAUAGCGGUAAGUCCUGUUGAGGAACCUAUGGAGCAUGGCAGGCCUGGGAGCCCUGACCCAGAUAACGAUGGGGUCCAAAUACAGAACUCUUUCUUAGGGAGGGCUCGGUCUUACAAUGAGCUCAAAUAUGGACAAGGCCAAGUUCACUACCCCCUUCCGGAUUUUUCCAAGGUGGCCCCCAAAGUUAAAAUCCCCAAAGCCGGUGCCGCAAAACCAGUCUGUCACCAGCCAGGCAUCCUCAGGGCCCAGUCCUCCCCAGGAAUGCUGGGUAAAUCCCCAGCCUCUUGCAAGGCUACCGUGGACCUCAUUAACAAAGUCCUGGAGGACUCCAUUCAGCCAUCUGAAACGCCAUACGUCUUCAGUGACCAGCCAAAGCAUCAUGAAGAUGCACCAAAGUCAACCGAGCUUGUACAGCAUUUACAGGCUGAAUAUGAUAAAUUAUUAACCAAAUAUGCAGAGGCAGAAAACUUGAUUGAUCAGAUGAGACUUGGCACUAAACAGGCACAGGGCCCAGUAGAUACUGUGGCUUUUGAGGGCCUGGAUUUGCUGGAGGUUCAGGUCCCUGAAACCAGCGUGCACCAGCUGGACCAGCCCGCGAAGCACCGUCACCCCACCUACAGAGGGCAUCCUGAAAACCUGGAUGAUCCACACCUGGAUACCUGCCCUGCACAGACAGACCAAUCACAGCCAAGCGAGGGAGAAAAAAUGACCACUGAACUCAUGGAAAUUAUAAACCAGUACAUGGAAAAGGUGGACGACUUUCAAAACUGUCUGAACCUCAUGUCUAUUGGAGUUAGUGAACAGCAGAUGGUCUUUAAGAGUUUGAUGGAUGCUCAGGAUCAGCUUGAAAGGAAUUAUAUUGCCAAGAAAGAGGAACACCGAGCUCUCGAAAUGCAAAAUUACAUGGGCUUAGCUACAAACACAGGGGAGUUUGAUCCGGAGAGGACAGUAGAAGGGGAGAUAUUUAGGAUCGGCAUGCGCCUGGAAGACAUCAGAGAGCUGAUCGACAGAAACGUCCGCAGCCAGCUCUCACUCCCUGCGUCCUCCUCCGCCCCUGCACCCUCGCUGCCCCCGGACGCCAUCUUCUCCCCCCCACCGUCAGCGUGUGAGGAGCCAUCUUCUUCCUCAGAGAAUGUGGGGACAGAGAAAGCCACGGCGGGGUUGCCCCAUGCACCUGCUCAUGUUCCGCAGACCCAUGAUGAUCCCGCAAAUAAACCAGAGUGCAGCGGACACACCAGUACCAGUCUUCACCACUUGGACCCGUCCCUGGAGAGGCUUGGGUUUGGCAUACGUGCGGAGGAAGAGGAAGAGGAAGCCGACCCGAGCGCGGGGAAAGCACGCAAUGGAGCACAUCUGCCUUUGCAGAGCAUGACGCCCCCUAGCCCGCAGGAGACAUCAGAAAGGUCAGGACCUGUGUUGCCCUGGGGCUGUGGAGGGAAUGCUGCUCAUUCCUCUGUCACACAGACACAGACCCUCUUGCCUCAAACACAGAGUGUGUCCCAGGUGCAGAGAACAGUGACACCGGAGACAGACAGUGGGUUUGGGAGCUCGGACCUUAGCCCUCCGGCUGCAGAACAACCGCCGUCCCAGUCAGAGACAGAGAGGUCACGUUUAUAUUCUGAACAGUACUCCAGUCCCGUUAACACGAGUGGCUCAGACAGCGAAGCGUCCAGCUCUGCUAUGCAGACGACCACUGUCCACAAUGCAUUGUCAUGGAAGCCAGGUGAAGGCCUGCAGCAGAUGAACGGAGUGGACCAUGGAGCAUAUGGCAGUGAAGGAGUUAACACCGGUCUGACUGGAGGUGGAUCUCACACUUCUAGGCAUCCUGGCCAGUGUGGCACAGAUGGCCAUCUGGUACCGCCCCCUCAAACGCUCAGCCUCUCCAACGAUUGGCCACUUGGGCGCAUGGCACCAGCUGAGGCUCACGGCCACAUCUGCUCUUGCCACAACGAGGCUAUCUCAGCCCUGCAGUCGGAGGUGGCCAGGCUGAAACAGGAACUUGAGGAAAGCCUAUUUCAGCUGCCUCACAUCACUAAGAGGAUGGACUACCUGGCAUCCAGAUACAAGCAGGAGAAGAGGCCCAAAUCCAGGUCAAGGGCCAACAUUAGAGCCUCCCCCAGCAGUGACUUGAGGCAUUCAGGGUAUAGACAUAGGAAAGAGACUUUGAUGAAUACAGAUUCAGACCUCCUCAAAGUAGAAGACUGGAUUUCUUCAGAUAUGGAGCCAAGUAAGACUCGAAUGUGGCUGACUUCGUUUUCAAAUCUAAAAUCAUUUCGUCUGCAGUUUUUGUUGUGGUUUUCAGUGAUUAAUAGUGUAAAGCAUGAGCAAAAUAAAACAAAAACUCUGAGAUCUGGUGUGAAAACAGUGUGUGCAUCAAGGUGGAGCUUGAGAGCGUUUGUUGGGGUGUUCCCGAAAACACAACAAUACAUUCCUUACGGGGGUGACUCCUGCCAAUCUGUGAGGCCAGAACAUUCCAGAAAUUCGCAUCAAGUUGGCAGAGGAGGGGACGGCAGGCCACAUCCCCGCUCCGACAGGCGAGGGAGGCCACGCAGUGCGAGACGCGAGUCCGCAGUUAUCUUGGCAACAGGGAAUGUGGAAACCAUCCACUCAGAUGGGAGCCCUCAUCCAAAUUUGAUGAAACCCCCACAGAAGUCAUUGCUGCAAGUCAACUACGGUUCCUCCUACAGUUUGCCUGCAGGGUUUAAGGCCCUGGAGCCACAGCCUGCGGGCCAGCAGAGGGGACGCUCUACCCAGUCAGACUCGGCCCUCCUGCCCAGCAACAUCUACUUCCAGAGGCCGCGGGGCAGAGCUCCGGCCUCCUCACGGAGCAGCAGCCCCUGCACGUACAGAGGGAGUGAGGACGAAGACAUCAGCAGGACGUUGGACCGCGCCAUCGAGGCCGCGCGGAGCAUGAAGCGCAGGACGGACAGGAUGGCCCAGAGCCUUUCGGCUGACCUGGCCAAGGCGGAGCUGCAGAGGAAGCUGAGCGGCCUCUGUCCACGGCGGCGGCGUGAAAACUCAGACUCGUGACUCGCGACAGGGCAACGAGUCUUCGGCGGCCUGCAGAACGCGUGGAACUAUCGUGAGGCAUCAGCGACUUGCUAUUAGAGCCAGCUAUGGCGCCUGGUUGUGGAGUCGUGAUUCAUUCAAGUGAGUCAGUGAUUCAUUCGAAAUGACAACGCAUGGUAGCUCUGGCCAUUAUGGGAUUCAAGCAGUCCCACUUAGCUGUCGCUGAUACUAACAUAUUAAUUGAAGUGUCCAGAGGCAACCUCUACAGUGAAAGAAUUUUACAUGGACUGCAUUUGAUAUACAUUAAAAAGAAAUUCUA